UAUCAAAUACUAUCAUGUAAAGGCUUAAGGGAAAAUACAAAAUUUUGGUUAUUAGUCCCAAGAAUUUGGAGUUGGAGCAUGGAAUCGUGUAGAUUAGAGUAGCAGGUCUCCUGCCUGAAUUCCCAAUUUCAUAGUAUAAGGAUUUAGAGGUCUUCUGUUGUAGUAACAAGGGAAAUAGGGUUUAUAAAUUUGGUGUCAGAAUGAUGAUGGGCAAAAUGGAGGAUGAUGUUAUUUCGAAGGAGAGUCUGAUGGAAUAUUUGAGGAAACAAGUGCCUGAUUGGGAUGAUGAAGUUAAGUGCAUUGCCAGGUUCAAAGCAUUCAGUGGUCAAAGGACUGAUUGGGAACCCCUUUAUGUUUUCUGGAGGGAUUUGAUUCUCAAAGUUGCUCGACACUUUCAUAUUUUCAUUAUUUGUCCUUCUCAGGUGAAGAUUUGGUUCAACCGAGGAGGUUUGGUUCCUUUGUGCCUUGACCAAGUACUGCUUGAAAUGUAUACUGCUGGUGAAAUAUUUCGGAAUGUGGCAGUCACUGAUCCAGCUAGUGGGUGGGUUUCUCAAAUCUUGCAGAGAGUAGUAAAUUUGGGAGCUCUACUGAGACCAUCUACUCAAGAAACGCUUGCCGAAGACGAUUACAUAAUUCCUGUGUUACUGAAGGAAAAGGCUCUUCAAGUGGUCCAAGCAUUAUCUGAAAGCCACUGGACAGCUUCGUGUGUAAUUACAUGGAGUAAGUUCCAGGAAAUUUCUGGGGGAUUGAAGGAAGCUCAUGCAGUUUUGAAUCACUUGUCUGAAAUCGGGAAAGCAAAAUACCUUGUCACAAACAAGAAGGACUUAAUGGAGGGAGUGAAAGUCUCUCUUUCAGCAAGGGCACUUUCUGGCACAACAAGUCUAGAUUUUGAUGUGCUGCAUUUGAUUUGGACAGUAGAAAAACUUGAGCAUCAGCUUAAUGUGAUAGAUCUUCGCUGGCAAAGGUCUAGAGCAUCUGCUUUAGCUUCCCUAAAACUUGGGAACAAACAGGUGGCUCUAAAGUAUACAAGGGAGAUGAAGCUGGCUUCUUUGAGUAGAGAAAAAUGUGCAGCGCUUUUAAACCGAGUGGAGGAAGUCCUUGCAGUUAUUGCUGAUGCAGAAGCCUCAAAGGAGGUUGCUGAAGCCAUUCGAAUUGGCACACAGGCUAUUAAGGAAAAUGGGAUCAAUUAUGAUGAAGUUGAGCUGUGUCUACAGGAGCUGAACGAGUGUAUUGAAUCGCAGAAGCAGAUUGAUGAAAUUCUAGGAUCAAAUGCAGCAGAUGCAGAAAUUGAGGAUGAAGAUAUUGAAGAUGAGUUGAAGAAGCUAGAGCUGGAUUUUGUUAAGGUACCGACUCAAACAUCCAUCAGCCAAACUGGGGUGGAUGCUGUAGUAGCUGGAGCUCAGGAAACUACCGAUGCGCUGAGUGAAUCUCUUUCGAACCUUCAUCUCACACAUCAUGCAAGGAAGGACCCGGAGGUAGAACAUGCUGUGGAGUCUGUGGGUGCCGUGUCAAAAGAUGUCAAUCGUGAAGCUGCUCUGGCAUAGUCACAAUUGCAGUUAGGAUCUUGUUUUCUACAUGUUUUGUACUGUGAUGCCUGGUAGUCCAUGCCAUAAUUGAUUGUGCGUGCAUCUUUGGUCUACAGGGAUCAGGGCAUAAUUGAUGCGUGAAGCACUGUCGUUAUGACACUAUGAGUUGACAUGUCAAUGAUAUUCUUGUAUAUUAUCAGAAA